GAGUCGUGUGCUGUCUGUACUGCCCAUUAGAGGUGAACGCGCACAUUACACGAGCACUCUGCCGAGUGUCGACCCGGAAGUUAUUCCAGCGGGUGUCCAACGUGCGUAUAGUGAAGCAGCUGCGUGUUAACAUCAUGGGUAAGUCCAAACAGGUAGGAAACCAUAAAAAGAAGAGUCUUGGCAAGAUAUGGAAGACCAAGCACAGGACAAAGGACAUUGACCAGAUCCAUGCAGACAUGAUCCCUGCAAAUGCUGCCAAGUUACUAAAGCAAGAUGUAGAUUAUGAUGUUACAGGCAGUGCCCAGCAUUACUGUCUGCACUGCUCGAGAUAUUUUGUUGAUUUGAAAACCAUGAAAGAGCAUUUCAAGACCAAAGUUCAUAAAAAACGAUUGAAGAAGCUGAGGGAAGAGCCGUAUACGCAGGCUGAGGCAGAGCGGGCAGCAGGAAUGGGCUCUUACAUCCCACCCAAAACCAACAUAGAGGUUCACACACAGCAGGUCGAGGAGGAUAUGGACUGAAAGAUGACUUCUUUUUACAUAUCUGUGGACUCUUCUGAGUAAAACCAUUACGUCUGGACUCAGACCAACAAUUUAACCUCUUUCAGAGCUGAAAUUAAUUUAUGGAGAUGGAAAAACUUCAUUUAACUACAUUUAAACCUCUCUCUCACUAUAUAUAUAUAUAUAUAUAUAUAUAUAUAUAUAUAUAUAUAGUGUCAGGUAUAUUACAAGUUAUGAAAGAAACAAGUUAAAAUAAGUUGAUAUUUUUAAAUAUUCAUUGACAAUUCUCUGUAAAUUUAGACCCUGUUUGAUUUUGGAGAAGUCCUGGGACAGCUGACUACUUUCAUACACUGUUGUGAAAUUAAGUUGUUAAAGUCUGCUUACAGCAAGCAACCUUCUGGGACUGUAAGUCUCACAGUGUUUACUGUGUGUGUAUGUAUACUAAUUAAAUGUCCCUAAAGAGAGCUGAAAUAAAAUGAUAAAACAA